AUGCGUCUCUAUUGCACCGUGCUGCUUGUUGCAGCGGUCGCCAUUGUCAACACCAACGCUUUAGUUGAUGACGAUGGCGAAGAACGGGCACCUAAGCUAUUAAACUUCUUUAAAGGGAGUUCAUCAACGACGUUCGAUGACACACACAAAUCAAUUUUGGAUCACUUAAGUAAACACGAAAGUUUGUCUUCACUUCUCCAAAAUCACGAAAGCCUUCAAGAGUUGAAACGUUUGACAAAUACGUACAAUGCUAAAGCUGAAGAUUCCAAGACCAUGUAUUUUUUCAUUCGAUCACAUUUUAAAGACGAAAAUUUGAUAAACGAUAUUAUUCAGAUGGGACAAGAUGGGGCAAUGGCUCGAGAUUAUUUAACUGGUGAGUGGCUCCGCGCAACGAAUCCCCCUCCAUUGUCUGAAAUUAAAAAGCUGUCCAAGACCUGGGGUGCUAAGUACGAAGAUGAAAUCAAUGAAGAGCUUGCAUCCAUUGUUACCUCGAAUAUGGAUUAUUACAAGAAAGGGCCGAAAAUUAAAAUUUUGCAAGACGCACUUGAGAGCUAG